CGCACACACACACGCACACCCACACCCACACUUCCUCAUCAUCCUCCUCAUCAUAAUCCGCCUCCCUGCGCAGUUUGGUUGGGUUUGGGUUUUGUGUUCACAGGCACUCACUUAGUGACGCCGGAGCGAGCAGACACGCUGGCAACUUCUCUGGAUCUUUUCUUUUUUUUCCCCCACAGCCUUCUGUUCUGUUUUUUUUUUUGUUUGUUUUGUCCGGCGAAGGAAAUACCGCAGCUUUCUAAAUGAACGCGAUGGUCAUUUUUAACAGGGCGCGCGGAUGUAUGCUUUGUGAUAGGUCCGCGUAUAUUUUGAGCUCAACAAACACUUGAAUGGGCGAGUGCGUUUUGGGUAAAAGUUGUUUGUAGCAGGAGUAUUCCCCGCCCCGCUUUCAUUCUCGGAAUUAGUGUGAGGGAGAAUGCUGGCCGAACUGGUCGCGCUCUUCUACCUGCUCAGCUCGGUUGCGAGCCAGCAGGAAGCGGCGGCCGCAGCCACAGGUGGCCGCUUCGUUUGCAACGCCAUCCCCCCGGGAGCCGAGCCCGGCUGCGGCUCCUCGCCGACGGGCAACCGCUUGCAGAUGAGCAGCCCCGCGGAGGACGAGCUGCGCAACACCAUCAUCCGGCUCCGCGAGACAAUCUUGCAGCAGAAGGAGACCAUCGUCAGCCAGCAGGGGACCAUCAAGGAGCUCAACUCCAAACUGGCGCGCUGCGAGGCGGCGGCGGACGACUCGGCGCAGCCGGGCAAGUCGCGGGGUCACGGCUCCAGGAGGAAGGAGUACGGCAAGAACACCAUGGGGGACCUGCCGCGGGACCCCGGAGAGACCAUAAAUCAGCUUGGGAAGACCAUGCAAAGCCUAAAAGGGCGCUUGGAGAGCUUGGAGCAGCAGAGUUUGCAACUCCCCGGCAUAAAUGUGUCAGCUGGCAGUGGUCCGGCACUGACCCCUUUGCCGUCGCAGCUGCGGGAGCUACUCGGGCAGCGUCUGGGACUUCUGGAGACGCAGCUGCUGCGAAAGGUGGCCGAGCUGGAGGAGGAAAAGAGCCAGCUUUACAAUGAAACGGCAGCCCAUCGCCAACGCACCGAGAAUGCGCUCAAUUCGCUUUUGGAGAGGAUCACAGAGCUGGAGAAAAAUAACAACGCCUUCAAGUCACCUGAGGAUUUCAAGGUGUCCCUCUCUCUGCGCACCAACUACCUGUACGGACGCAUCAAGAAGAGCCUCCCCGAGAUGUACGCCUUCACCGUGUGCAUGUGGCUCAAGUCCAGCGCCGGUCCCGGGAUCGGAACCCCCUUCUCGUACGGCGUGGCGGGCCAGGCGAAUGAGAUUGUGCUGAUCGAAUGGGGGAACAACCCCAUUGAACUGCUGGUUAAUGACAAGGUGGCACAGCUUCCUCUUUCGGUGAGUGACGGACGGUGGCACCACAUCUGCAUCACCUGGACGACCAGAGACGGCUUCUGGGAGGCUUACCAGGAUGGCGAGCGACUCGGCACCGGGGACAACCUGGCCCCCUGGCACCCAAUUAAAUCUGGCGGGGUGAUCAUUCUGGGCCAGGAGCAGGACAUAGUUGGAGGUCGUUUCGACGCCACCCAGGCCUUCGUCGGCGAGCUGAGCCAGUUCAACAUGUGGGACCGAGUACUGCGGCCCAUGGACAUCGUAGGCCUGGCCAAUUGCUCGGCGUACAUGCCCGGCAACGUGGUCCCUUGGAUAGACGCCAACGUGGAAGUGUUCGGCGGGGCGACCAAAGCCCCUCUGGAGAUAUGCGAGGACCGUGCGUUUGAUUCCUAAUGUGAGAUGUCGUCGGAAUCAGAAAAAAAAGAAAAAAAAAGCCAAGUAUCCUUGUUUAUUGUUCAAAAGCAAAGGCGGCAAGCAUAUCAAUAUUGUGCGGUCACUCUUAAGAUUCACCUGUGUUGGCUUAAAUGUGUGUUCAUCCAGUCUUAACCGUGGAGAAGACUUUGCACUCAUGACCACAUGGAGAAGAAAGCGAUGGUGUUGACAUUCGAGGCCUGAUUUACUAAUUUGUACGUUCAAAGUCACACAAACAGAUGUUGAAGCCGAUCUACUAACAGGACCGCAUCUACUUAAUGGCUACAAUGGCCGCACGUUUCAUUUGGAAGGAGUAUAUGUCAAUUGAUCAUUUAACUCGAACAAAUGUGAAUGAUCAAACCUAAGGUGAAUCGCCAUUGGCUAAUUUUGCACGUUUAAAUAAGGGACUUACAAAUCGCCACGCACAGACAUCAGUGCUAGCAUAGUACGGGCAAAAUGAGAGGCAACGGAGAGAAACCGUACACUUUUGAAAUGCCAGAAACAAAAAUGACCACAACAUUCCAUCGAUUGAUUCGAAUUUUGGAGCUUUCUAAACGAUGGAGGGAUUGAAUCAUGCCCUCUCACCUUGAGAAAAACCUCUUUAAAUUCUCUUAUUUCAUUUGCUUGUGUCUAGGUUAUUUUAGCCCACUGUGGCAAUUGGUGCUAUUCUCUCCCAGAGCAGAUUUUCAGGGGUGCUGCGACAAGUUUUAAACACAAUGUUGCUGCCAAACCGUGGGCGCAAUCUGACCACGCAAUUUAGCACGAAUGAUCUGAGAUCAACUGCAAUCUUUAUAGCACAAUUUGCUAGCAUGAACCCGCAACUCAGCGCCCGAUAUUUGGGAUCUUAGUAAAUCAGGCCCCUGUGUGUUUUCUCUUCUCUCAUUUGACUCCUCAUGCAUUCCUUCCGCUGACAAUGCUGCACCGUGCACGUCCGUGAGUGUUUCGCUCCAGCCGGCUUUCAUGUGUUGUGCAAACAUGAGUCCCGAGUUAGACGGUGCCACGUGGCACACUUCUAAAGAAAAAAAACAAUGAGGAGAAGGCGUUCAGGAAUCGGCGGCAUUGUUAUUAUUGUGAAGCAUCGUAACGCGGCUGAUUGGCUAUAUAAUGCAUGAGCGCGAGCAAAGAGCGGAAGUCAAAGAAAGACAGUGCAUGCCUUCUUUUAGUCCGCAGGGUGUGUGUGUGCAUUCAAAACAAGUCAGAGUGUGGAUUAUUACGUAAGCGAAUGUCUUGUGUGUUACAAUACCAGAGAUUACCAGCGAGGGAGGACAUUUUCAUUCUUGUAAAUCUAUGCUUAAUACCUCUCUGCUCCUUGAGCAGCUGCCAUAUUCCAAACAGCUUUUUAUGGACGCUUUCGCUCAGGUUAA